AUGCAGGCGACACUGGAUUCUACAGGGCUCAAGCACCUGACCAGGGCUCUCACAUGUCUCUCCAAGUUCGGCGACGACUUGGCCAUCGUCGCGACCUCCGAGACUAUCGCGCUGUCCUCAACCAACACUGCUAUGACUGCAUACGGUCGCUUCAAGUAUCCGAGAUCGUUCUUUAGUAGAUAUCGCGUCGAGGCGCGUCCAGUGGGUGAAGAUAUCGAGGAGCUCCCGAUCGUUUCUGGUCAGAUCGUUAUCAAGCAUCUCCUGUCAAUAUUCAAGCACAAGAACAACGAGAAGGCAUGCGAGAAGUGCGAGUUCGUGAUCACCGACGGCCCUACACAAACCAUUGCCCUUGAAGACGAAGACGAGGAUCGUGACUCGCUGGAGAGCAGGUUGACUGUACGUUUGCAUUGCAAGCAUGGUGUGGUGAAGACGCAUCGCCUUUCCCUAAACCCCAUGAACGACCAUCUAUCCCCCGCCAUGCCAGACCCGACACUGGAGACGUCGCUCACCGUAGGCCCAAAAACUAUGAAGAACAUCCUUGAGCACUUCCCGUUUGGCAAGGGGAACAAGACAGACCCCCAGCUAAUUUGGAACUUUCACGACGACGAGGUUGUCUUACGAAGCCUAGAAACCGGCGUGGACGGCAAAGGUCGCCCACAGCUCGUCACGGAACUCACGCUCGGUGCGACCGAAUUCGACACGUACGACUUGGCAGUGGGGCCGGUGACUAUCGCCUUCCACCUCCGCGAAUUCAAUGCGACGAUCGCGUUCGCAGAAGCCUCCGAAGUGUCCCUCAACCUCCGCUUCACCGACCCCCUCGAGCCGCUCUACAUCUCCGUCGACGCCGACUACGCCGACACGCUCUUCGUGAUCGCCACCAGCCAGAUCGUCUCGCGCUCCCAGCAGGCCUCCCAAGCGGACCCCACGCCCCGCAACCCGCGCAAGCGCCCCCUCGAAGAGGACCGCAACCACAACCAACCGCAGCAGCGGAACGUGCGCAUCGCGGAGGGCGCGCUGCGGGAGCGGCCGCGGGUGCCGGCGAAGCCGACGAAGGUCGUGCGCAAGACGGACAGGCAGUCGAUGGCGCGGGAGAUGCACCCGCCCCCGCUCCCCACGGCGGAGCCGCAGCCGUCGUGGGCGAAGGAAAGGGAGAAGGAGCCGCUCUUCCUGCCGAGCUCGCAGAUCUCGCACCUGCCGCCCGCGUCGCAGGCGGCGAUCAUCGAGUCCGGGCUGGGCAUCGAGCACAUGACGGCGGAGGAGCUCGCGAUGAUGCUCGACGACGACGUGGACUUGGACGAGUUUGGGGGAGACGCAGACGCGGGCGGGGGGAGCGGAGGGCACGACCAGGAGUACUUGAACGAGGACUGGCGGAUGGAGGACCGCGAGCACUUCUUGACGGGGGAGGAGGGGCAGGGGGGGACGGACAGCUUCGAGCUUGUGGACGAUGAAGACUUUGAGAUGGCGCCGACGCAGAAUGGUGGGGGGACGAAGGUAUGGUUGCAUUUCGCGUCGCGUAUAUUGGUAGAAUGCAGAGCUGAUCCUAUGUCGUCUCAGACUUUUCUGCCACUUUUCAGGGAUUAG